CCCUCACUUCCCUCCUGUUAAUCCUCCAGCAGCAGCGCAGUCAGCAGCAGCAGCGACGGAGGCCAACAAAGCACUACUUGGAGAUAAUUUGGAUAUAUUUUAAAGCAAUCAUUAGCUAUGGCAGCAAUCAGGAAAAAGCUGGUCAUAGUGGGAGAUGGAGCCUGUGGGAAGACCUGUCUGCUCAUUGUGUUCAGCAAGGACCAGUUUCCAGAGGUCUAUGUGCCCACAGUGUUUGAGAACUACGUUGCUGACAUUGAAGUUGAUAGCAAGCAGGUGGAGUUAGCUCUUUGGGAUACAGCAGGUCAGGAAGACUACGACAGACUGCGCCCCCUCUCCUAUCCCGACACUGAUGUCAUUCUCAUGUGCUUCUCCAUCGACAGUCCCGACAGUCUUGAGAACAUCCCUGAGAAGUGGACUCCUGAGGUGAAACACUUCUGCCCUAAUGUGCCCAUUAUUCUGGUGGGAAAUAAAAAGGACCUGCGUAACGAUGAGCACACCCGGAGAGAGCUUGCCAAAAUGAAGCAGGAACCUGUGAAACCGGAGGAUGGACGGGACAUGGCUAACAGGAUCAGUGCCUUUGGAUACAUGGAGUGCUCUGCAAAAACAAAGGAUGGUGUGAGGGAAGUGUUCGAAAUGGCCACCAGGGCUGCACUACAGGCCAGGCGGGGAAAGAAGAGCAAUAAAUGUGUCCUACUGUAAACAGGGGGGGGGCACGAGGACUGCCUCCCCCAGGGGGAAAGAAGGAGCAUUAGGUCAAACCUACCCCCAAACACACCCACACAAAAGACUGUUCUCCCCAGUUUUUCCUAAAGGUGUAAUGCUUUUACUUUCUUUGUCUUAAGCAAAAGUAGUCAGGUUCUGUCAGUAUUCAUUUUUGAGGUUAUGGAAACUACUUUUUUGUACUUUAACAUGAGUAAAUUUGCCAUAAUGAAACCUCCUUUAUCAACAUGUACUAUGUAAUCAAAGAGGUCAGCCAGGGGCCCUGCUGUGUCAUACCUGCCAACUACAGAAGUGCUUAAGCCCUGUCUGCUGAUCUGAGGAAUGUUUCCACAGCCAAUAGGGUGAAGUACCUGUACACUGUGACCCUUAAUCCUUUUAAUUAUUUCAACAAACAGAUGCGCACAUUGAAGUCAAAAUGUGUUUGUGUGCUUCAUAUACAAAUCCUAAUGUGCAUUAUGAUCACUUGCACAAUAUGAGACUGGAAACUCAUGUUGUUAAACGCAAAUGGAAACGUAGUGUUUUGUGUAAUAAAUUACUUUGUAAGAAUCUUGA